AUGCCGAACAAUCAGAUACAAUAUUCUGAUAAAUAUUACGACGAUGUGUACGAAUACCGGCACGUUAUUUUACCACCGGACUUGGCUAGAUACGUCCCGAAAACACACCUGAUGACGGAGACGGAGUGGCGAAAUUUAGGAGUUCAACAAUCGCCAGGAUGGGUUCUGUACAUGAUACAUUCGCCAGAACCACACGUACUGCUGUUUCGACGACCGCUUCCAACACCAUCAACAUAAAAUUCGAAUUAAU